GGCACUGGCCGCUCCAGCUGCGCCUCGUUCCUGGCCAGAAGUUUGCCUCGCGCCAGCCAAGCUGGCGAGUUGGAGCUUCUCCCCGGCUCUGGGAGGAGGGUCCCUGCAUCUCGUUCCAGCCGUUCGGGGUAUGGCCGGACUGGGGGCGUCUCUCCACGUCUGGGGAUGGCUGAUGCUCAGCAGCUGCCUCCUCGCCGGAGCCCAGCUGGAUUAUGAUGGCACCAUUACUAUAGAGGAGCAGAUUGUCCUUGUGCUAAAAGCUAAAGUACAAUGUGAACUCAACAUCACAGCUCAACCCCAGGAGGGAGAAGGUAAUUGUUUCCCAGAAUGGGAUGGACUCAUUUGUUGGCCCAGAGGAACAGUGGGGAAAAUAUCGGCCGUUCCGUGCCCCCCUUAUAUUUAUGACUUCAAUCAUAAAGGAGUUGCUUUCCGACACUGUAACCCCAAUGGAACAUGGGAUUAUAUGCACAGCUUAAAUAAAACAUGGGCCAAUUACUCAGACUGCCUUCGCUUUCUGCAGCCAGAUAUCAGCAUAGGAAAGGUAAUGGAAUCUUUAUAUUUUGGAUACUGGGUGUCUUUCCCCAUUUCUCAUUUUAUGCAGAUCUAAAUAUUGAAUGUUUCUUUCUAUAGACGAUUGCAUUGCACUAGGAACUAUAUCCACAUACACUUAUUUGUAUCUUUCAUGCUGAGAGCUACAAGCAUCUUUGUCAAAGACAGAGUGGUCCAUGCUCACAUAGGGGUAAAGGAGCUGCAGUCCCUGAUGAUGCAGGAUGACCUACAAAAUUCCUUUGAAGCACCUAUUGUAGACAAAACACAAUAUAUCGGGUGCAAGAUUGCUGUUGUGAUGUUUAUUUACUUCUUGGCUACAAACUACUAUUGGAUCCUGGUGGAAGGUCUCUACCUGCAUAGUCUAAUCUUUGUGGCUUUUUUUUCGGACACCAAAUACCUGUGGGGCUUCAUCUUGAUAGGCUGGGGGUUUCCAGUGGCAUUUGUCGCUGCCUGGGCUGUGGCACGAGCAGCCCUGGCCGAUGCAAGGUGAGUGGAAAAGAACAUUGGGGACAUCAAGUGGAUUUAUCAAGCACCAAUCUUAGCAGCUAUUGGGCUAAAUUUUAUUCUGUUUCUGAAUACAGUUAGAGUUCUGGCUACCAAAAUUUGGGAGACCAAUGCAGUUGGGAGUGAUACAAGAAAGCAAUACAGGAAACUGGCCAAAUCCACACUGGUGCUGGUCCUGGUGUUUGGAGUGCAUUACAUCGUGUUCGUGUGCCUGCCCCACUCCUUCACCGGGCUCGGGUGGGAGAUCCGCAUGCACUGUGAGCUCUUCUUCAACUCCUUUCAGGGUUUCUUUGUGUCUAUCAUCUACUGCUAUUGCAACGGAGAGGUUCAGGCGGAGGUGAAGAAGAUGUGGAGCCGGUGGAAUCUCUCCGUCGACUGGAAGAGGACGCCGCCGUGCGGCAGCCAGCGCUACGGCUCGGUGCUCACCACCGUGACGCACAGCAGCAGCAGCCAGUCGCAGGCGGCGGCCAGCGCGCGCAUGGUGCUGGUGUCGGGCAAGGCGGCCAAGGGCGCGGGCUGGCAGCCCGACAGCCACGUGACGCUACCCGGCUACGUGGGGAGUAACUCGGAGCAGGACUGCCUGCCGCACUCCAUCCACGAGGAGCCCAAGGAAGGUUGUGGGGAGCAGGGCAAUGAUAUUCCGAUGGAGGCGUCUUCCAGGCCUGUGGCAUUUAACCCAGACACUGAAGGAUACGGAGGAGAAACCGAGGAUGUUCUCUGA